UAAAGGUUAUAUUUUCGUUGGCACUUUAAGGAUGGCAGUUGAAAUAAAUAAAGGUCCCCUACUGGGAAUGCGACACGUUCAGACACUUCUGAUUUUUCUCAACAUAACAUGUCUCUAUAUUGGUCGCCUAAAUGUUGGAGUUUCUGUGGUCGCAAUGACAAAUGCGGAGUCUACUAAUCCAAAUUUUCCAGAAUAUGAUUGGAGUUUGGCGCAGAAAUCGUACAUAAUAUCCAGCUUCUUUUGGGGAUACGUCUUUACCCAGUUCUUGGGUGGAUAUCUCUGCAAACGUUAUGGAGCGAAAAGUGUUAUGUUCUGGGGAUCAUUUGCAUCCGCCGUUUCUAGCGCAUUGACACCACUCUUCAUCGGCUUUGGUGGUUGGCAGGCUUAUUGUGGAAUUCGUGUCCUGAUGGGCUUUGCUCAAGGAUUGAUAUUUCCCUGCAUUCAUCAGCACUUGGCACGAUGGUCGCCUCCAGCGGAAAGGAAUCGCUUGGGAGCCCUAAGUCACACGGGAAUCGAAUGUGGCAACGUGUGCGCCAUGUUCCUGAGUGGAAUGAUAGCCAAGAGUUCCAUUGGCUGGCCAGGAAUAUCCUAUGUCUCCGCGGGAGUUGCCUUCGUCUGGUGUAUUUUCUGGUUCAUUUUUGCGGCCAACAAUGCAGUGGAAAGUCGCUUUAUAGGCGAAACAGAACUUCACUAUAUUGAAUCGUCUUUAAAACACAACGAGGACUAUCACAAGACUGUGAUUCCCAUUCCCUGGAAAGCAAUUUUAACCUCGGCUCCAUUUUUGGCUCUUUUGGUGGCGCGGAGCGCAGAAUCAUGGGGUCUGAGUACUCUUCAGGCACAAAUACCAACCUACAUGAACGGGGUUCUUGGCAUGGACAUGAAAAGCAAUGCAUUCUUUUCGGCGCUACCAUUUUUGGCCAUGUGGUUAAUGUCGUACGUUUAUCUGAUUGCCGCCGAUGUUCUGCUUGCCGGUAACAGAUUAAGUCUGACUGCACUGAGAAAAACGUUCAACUCACUGGCUUUCUGGAUUCCUUGUGUUACCUUGAUUGGAAUCGGAUUUCUGGACCAGGAACAGAAGAAUUUGGCCAUCGCCUUGAUGACCAUCAGUGUGGGUGUGAAUAGUGGUGCUACGAUCGGAACCUCACUAAAUACCAUUGAUUUAUCACCAAAUCAUGCCAGUAUCCUUAUGGGAAUCGUGAAUACAGCUGCGAAUGUAGUUCCUAUAGUAACUCCUUUGAUUGUCGGUAUCAUCGUUGAGGAAGAUUCAAAUCGCUCUGAGUGGCAGAUCGUUUUUAUAAUCGCUUCAGUGAUCUUUCUUUUUGGCAACUUGGUUUUUAUAAUCUUUGGAUCCGCUGUUUCUCAGCCCUGGGAUGCGGAGGACUUUUUAAAAUCGAAAGAACCUGAACUAGCUAUAAAACCAACUAUUCUUGAAGCAGCAAAAAAUGAUGAUGAAUUGGCUAAAGAUACUUUGCAAUCGGUGGAUUGA